AUGGCCGUCCACUAUCGUACCGAUUCAAUGACUAAGAACCCUCAAGCAUUCCCUGCAAGUGUGGUUACUCUAGCCAUCUGUGCUGCAGGGACCUGCCUUCAAGGCGUCGACUUCCCCCUCUGGUCUUACAUCACCGACAACUAUGUCCAGCUUUUGACAGCGAACAUCCUCAUCUCCUAUGCACUCUCCGCUUUCCUUUAUGCCUAUAGUUUUACCGUGGACACUAAUUAUCCAAACCGGGACCUUCGAGAGUUGGCUGCCGGCGGUGCUACCGGUAAUCUGAUCUAUGACUUCUUCAUUGGGCGGGAGCUUAAUCCUCGCGUCACUCUGCCGAUCUUCGGGGAAGUCGACAUCAAGACCUGGUGCGAAGUCUGUCCUGGUCUGACUGGGUGGAUCCUGCUUGAUCUUGCCUUUCUAGCCAAGCAGUAUCGCAACUAUGGUUAUGUCUCUGAUAGCAUCAUGUUCACGACUGCCGUACAAGCAUAUUAUGUUCUGAGCAGCCAAUAUAACGAAUCCAGCAUUCUGACUAUGAUGGAUAUUACUACUGACGGCAUGGGCUUCAUGCUCUCAUUCGGUGACCUCGUCUGGGUACCUUUCCUUUACUCAACACAAUGCCGCUACCUCUCGGCCUAUCCUGUGCAUCUUGGCUGGCUGAGGAUUGCGGCGGUCAGUGCUAUAUUUGCACUAGGCAUCUUUAUCUUCAAGGCCGCUAAUAAUCAAAAGCACGCUUUCCGCACGCAGCCAAACAACCCAGCCAUGGCCAAUUUAUCCUACAUUCAAACCAAAAGGGGAACACGGCUCCUCACAGCCGGGUGGUGGGGUGUCUCCAGACAUAUCAACUACUUUGGGGACUGGCUGCAGGCACUACCCUUCAGCCUACCUACGGGACUCGCUGGCUACAUAAUUUUACCGGCGGGCAGUGUAUUAGCUGAUGCCUCGCAGGCGGUUCCUAUGCUGGAUGGGCGCGUGGCUAUCCAAGGACCGGCGACCGGCUGGGGAAUGAUCUUCACCUACUUCUAUGUCCUCUACUUUGCAAUCUUGCUAAUACACCGCGAACGUCGAGACGAUGCCAUGUGUGCGAAGAAGUAUGGUGAAGACUGGAAGGAGUACAAGAGGAUCGUUAGAUGGAGAAUACUGCCUUGGGUUUACUGA